AUGAAAAAGUCAAACAUCAACUUUAUUGAAUAUUCUCCAGGAGUCACGUUGAACAAAACAUCACUCGACUUCUCUGUUGACUUUGAUACAAUUUGUUCACUUCCAAUUGACAAACCAAGUCGUGACCUCCUCUGUGUUGGAAACAACUCAAAACAUACUGUGAAAGUCCAACUGACGUAUAAAACGACAAGUGAAAAAUACGCCAUCAGGGUAACUCCAUCUCUGGCAACACUGUCAUCUGGGAAAGCUGUUGAAUUUGAAAUAUUUGUAACACCUCUGUGCACGUGUAGCAUCAGUGAAACUAUUGCAAUUGUCCUUCUUAAUACGUCGAAGGGUGAGCAGAUGUCCCUCAACUUUCCCAUCAAGUUUGAGAGUGAGAAGUCGAGUCACCUUGAUGCUGACGAAGUAAUUUGUGAAAAGAAGAUAGGUGAAGGCUCCUUCGGUGUUGUUUACAUUGGUAAUUACAUUGGGAACAAAGUAGCAAUUAAAAAGAUGAAAGAAGUCGAACACAAUGAAGAGUCAAUGGAAGAAUUUAAAAAGGAGGUUGAGAUGUUAGAUAAGUUCCGUAGUGAAUAUGUCGUUCACUUCUAUGGCGCCGUCUUUGCACGUAAAAAGUGUUUAAGAGUGAAAAUUUGUCUUGACGCUGCUAAAGGUAUAUUGUAUUUACACGAAAAUGGGAUAUUACAGAGAGACAUCAAACCAGACAACAUUUUAGUCUUUUCACUGGAGACUAUCGAAAAGGUUAAUGCUAAAUUGACUGAUUUUGGAAGUAGUAGAAACGUCAAUUUACUAAUGACUAACAUGACAUUCACCAAAGGGAUUGGAACACCAACUUAUAUGGCACCCGAGGUUUUAAAAAAAGAAAAGUACAAGAUGAGUGCUGACAUCUUUUCAUUUGGAAUAACAAUAUACGAGUGUGUUGGGUGGUGUGAGGCGUACCCAAAAGAUGAAUUCAAAUUUCCAUGA